AUAAGACGAUUACUACGUCCUGACUAAUUCAUAUCUUGAGGCGCUAACGACGGAAGGCGAUAGCAAAGAUCCAGUACCGAUACCCUUCAGAUUCUCUGGACGUUUUAUUUUAUACAACCCUUCACCCCCCCAUGCCUCUUCCGUCAUGCUAGCUGCCAUUCACACGCUACAUCGUAGCAUACGACAGCACCUGCUACCGCCCAGGACCUAUUUCCGUUCCCCCCAAGUCGCUCUCCGUUCCUGCCUAAUCCUUGUCCAUACCCACCCGUCGCAAUUUGUAUAUAGCCCUAGACGACACCUUACGUCCCGGCAGGACACCACUAAAACGCAAACUGAAAAGGAGAUCUACUACGGGAUUCGCGAGCGAAUCGACGAGCCAGAGCAUUUGAAAAGUCACAGACCCAGAUUUAGUCCUCAUCUCACCCAAAUUUCCGUCCCGCUUGAGCCUCCUGCUGCUCCAUCUGCACUCGUUAUCUCAGAAGCCAAACCUUUGGCACCGUUACCCGACCACACGGGUAUUCUCAACUCUAUCGUCGCAGACCAUAAUUCCGGUGAGGAAGACUCCCCUGAGCCUCGAGAUAGCCGCAUAUCCCGCUUUAUCAAUCAGAAAGUAUCACAUUUAGGAGGUUACCUCGACCACAAGAUCGAGGAAAACAACGAGAUUUUUGAGAGAAGGCGCCAGGAAACAGUUGUAAGGCUAAGUCCAGGAUAUGACGAUUCAGACAAGAGUAUUGUUACCCAGGAGCACCAAGAGGAGCUCAGACUUCAAAGCCAAGUGGAUGAAUACCACGCCAAGUUGCGCAAACAUAACCGAAUCUACAAGUUCUUUGACAACCGGCUCAACCAGUUGGAGCAUUUCCUCGAUAGGGGCUUGGAACCACCACUGGUUCGGUUGGACUAUAUUAAUGACCGGUACAUGGCCAAAGCAGUCAAAUACAACAAUCUCGAGAGACAGUUUCUCAACCGGUCGAGGGGUCAGGAGCAAAAAGUUGGAAUCUCGAAAGGUGAAUCCGCAGAAUUUCCAUCAGAAAACCAAUCUAAGCCUGUUCUACUUGAGUCAGCCACCACUGCACAUACACUACCCCCUGCAUUACCAUCUGCAUUACCCUCUGCAUCAUCAUCUGCAUUAUCCUCUGCAUCACCCUCUUUAUCUCCCUCAGAACCCUAUAGCAAGCUCCUCCAUUCUAUCAUCUCAGAUACAGAGACCGUUUCAGACUCACACGUCAAAUUCAACCGCGUACUCCUCACUGUCAAGGAGGCUCUCACAUCCGAAACAUUAUCGGAGGAGGAUCAUGACCACUUACAGCGCACACUCGGCCACUAUUAUGCCCCUGUAAGCGGCAACAUUUCGCGUGAUGUGUUGUUCCACUACUGCUCACUCCUCCUUCACAACUUUGGCAGCGUUUCUACUUGCGUGCGCCUCACCCGGGAGAACCUUCCGGCGGCAGAUUUGUCGGCAUUUUGGUACCGUUUGAUAUUUGGCGACGGCGACACGCGUGCACGUCUUUCGUACCCCCAGUUGAGCAAUGUAUACGAGUUUUUGCGGUGUCUCGGGUCGCCCGAGCUGCGGAACCAUAUCCGCACCUCUUGGAUGUACGCUGAUCGCUCUGACAACGCCAACUUGGUGCAUAUUCUAGAGCACGACUACAUGGCGUUGAACAAGGAGCUUGACUUUGCCGAGCAUCUUGCGCAGGCUUCGCUCCAAGGCGACUCCCAAUUCGAGGUUAUGAAUAACUUCUACGAGCUCCUCCGCACACACUACCACAUUCACUUUAAUGAGCUUAUUGACAUGAACAGCGACGUUUACCGCGAAGGCCCCAACUUCUCCCGUGACAACUGGCGUCAGCUCAGCAUUCCCUUUCGUGUGUACCUUCUCUCUGCCUAUCUCCAGCGCUUUUCGCUGGGCUACUUGCUGUUCGACCAGGUGAACCCUGCACACGUGGAUUCUAUCCAGAAAAAUCUUGACCAUGUUCACACGAUUGUGUUUGACAUCUUUUCCAAUGACAGCGGCUUGAUGGCCUGUGAAGGCGUUUUAGACCGGCUUCUCAAGGAAAUGGUUCAGGUAAAGCGCGCUAUGGCUGACAAGCUUAUUGCUUCCGACAUCAGCCACAAGCGUCAUUCUGGGUUCUCGGUGAACUACCGGUCGGUGAUAGAGCCCUUGCUGGCGCAAAUAUCACACCUUAGGCUCAGUGAGAGAGACUUUUCUCGCUUAAUCGAGGUGCAAGGCAUCUCGCAGGUGCGGUCCGAAAGCGUAAAGAUAUUUCUUCCCUUCGCCGCGCUGUAUUGCAAAGGAAGCAAUGUUUUCAGCAAGAUUGUUGCGAUGCAGUUUACCCAGUGCCAGGAGUCUGGCAUGUUGCAUUUGGUGUUGGACGAGGCGAGCCAGUACCUCAGCCACUUGGACGACCGGCUUAUUGGCGACGUUCUCCUCGCGGGGUAUUCAGUGUACUUGACCAAAACACGGCAAAACACCCUGGCGGAGCGAGAGUUGGCUACGGUGCGUACCGUGUUGGGAAGGAUGAAGGAAAAAAGCGCUCGAAUCUUGGACUACUUUAUAGCGAACAUUAUCCGAAAAAGCAGCUACUUGAAGAAAACCCAUUUAAGCGACUUGACGAGAUUCACAGAGUUUAUGGAAGAGGCGGGAUUGGCGUACAAAAUCAACGAUCAGCUCUUUGACAGCGGUGUGUUUACAUUUCUUUACCUCAAAUAUGGUAAGAGCAUCCAGCAAAGGGACGUAAGAUUUUUUCAAGAGCACUUUUCCUUGGAUCAGCAGUUCCGGUUGCUCAUAUCUUUCACUAACAAGAACAUAAAGAGCAAGAAAGUCGCCAUAUUUGACCCCAUAAUGGUGGAUACGAUCUUCGCAAACAUAUCCGAGGUAGAUCCCGCGACGGUGGAGGCAAACAAGCGACUCUAUGCGGCAAAAAUCCUGGAAUUGGACGCCAAUAUCACCCAGUAUCGCUGCCAUGCAAAGGGAAGCCUGUCCCGGGAAGUUGCUGCGACUUUCAAGAAACUCGCAGCCUUUCAAGACUUCUACAAUCAGAAGCUCCACAGCUUGGUGACGCCUGUUUCCGCGGUCAACCGUCAGUUGAGCCGCCUAGCUUCCGUCUGUUUCUUUUCCAACAAUAAACUCUGCGAAGGUCCAGUUUCCAAACCCGUUUCCAACAACCCGCGGGACUAUUUGAAGAAGUAUCGCGGAAACGUGCACGCGGACAUUUUGGCUCAUGUCACCGUUCCCAGUAAACCGACAGUCGUGAUCAACCCCGACGUUACCGAGAUCUGUCGGAUAGUCAACUCCAUCUUUCAUACAAACCUGAGAGCCCCCCUGAAGUUCACCACACACAAGUACACCACGUUUGUGCUGAGGCUCGUGGACCUCUACAUGGUGCAGCACCAGUUCGAGACCGCGUUCCGGCUCACGGAAGGGCUCGAGUACUGCCCUACUGAGGUCCGGGCCUUGGUGUUGCGCCGUUUAGCCAGUGUAAAUCCUGAGGCGACGCGGCAGGUGGUGAAGAAGAUUAUCGCGGCCAAGGCACAGGGUGCGCUUCCGCCACAGUUGUUCCACGACAUGUGUCUUGGGGUGAUUGACUCGCCCCACUUGGGAGUCACCGCGAAGCAUCGCUUCUUCCAGAAGUUGCAACACCAGGGGAUGCUCAAGAGCAAGCAGGUGGCACGGAAGUACAUCGUGAACGAGGUGAAUGUGCAUCUCCAGGCGGCGUACGAGCGGGGCAAGGGUUCCGUUUCGCGGUUUGCCAGUUUUGUCAAGAAGGCCGAGGCGGCCGGGGUUGAUCCCAAGUUCAUCAACUCGUGGUUGCUAUUUGUAAAGCACAUGAAGGUCAAUCGCAUGGGUUACUGGACCCGAAAUAAGAUGAGCAAGACCCAGCGUAUGAUCAAGAAGAGGGCAAAACAGAGAGAUCCACCAGCAUAAAGGAUGCUCCAUAUGUAAGGACAAUACAUAUACAUUUGCCGAAUUAGGAAUUCAAAAUGGUGACUGAAAAGUGUCUCCAGUUGUGGGUGUAUGCUAUGGAAAAUGUCAAUACCAACCAGUUUGGACAAAGCAAGGGUUUAGGUCUUGUUCUCCGGGAUACACUAUUCUAUACUGUAAGAUGGAAACAAAUAACUGCAUUACAUUAACUAGAGCAAUUA